AUGAAGCGACUUUCAACUACUGGUCUUUGUCUGCUAGUGCUCGCCACAUCUGCUCAAGCGAUCGUAAUUGAGAAUCAGACCACAAAAACAACCGAUGUUGAUACUCAUUCAAAUUCCAACAGCACUCCUUUACUCGCCGAGGAAUCUUCUCAUCACAAAAAUUCUCAAGAUGCUUCCGCAAACCUAAAUGAUAUUCCAGCAUCGGAUCCUACUCCUAUAUCAGUUGAAGUUGUAGAAAUCAAUCCUAAUCCUGCACCUUCAACCAAUACGGGCACAGAUCCCAAUCCUGCACCUUCAACCAAUACAAACACAGAUCCCAAUCCUGCACCUUCAACCAAUACAGGAAAAGAUCCGAAUAUGCAUAGUACUCUACAAGAGGAGCUUAAACAUCACUUGACACCAGUAUCUUUACUCGAAACUGAAAUUUCGCUUGAUAAUUCUAAUACAGAAGAUUCUGAUUCUAAGGGUGAUACAGCCACUAAAGGGAAUAUCGAGAAGCGAGGCGGAGAUAAAUCAAGUGAACCUGAAAACUCUGCAGAGUCCAAACCUAACGACCCUAACCCUGAAUCAAAGCCAAAGUCCAAGUCAUCAGAUUCGAAAUCUAAAUCAGAGUCUAAAUCAGAAUCGAAAUCAGAACCUAAAUCUGAACCUGAACCUGAAUCAGCACCAGCACCAGAGCCGGCACCAGCACCAGAACCAGCUUUUCAACCAGAACCAGCUCCAGCACUUGAACCAGAGCCAGCUCCCGUGUUUCAACCAGAGCCAGAACCAAUACCAGUGUUUCAACCAGAGCCAGAGCCAGUGUUUCAACCAGAACCAGAACCAAUACCAGUGUUUCAACCAGAGCCAGAACCACAGGCUUCACCUCCUGAAGAAUGGAAUCAAAAAGAGAAUUCAUCUCAAGACUCGUCUUCGAAUCAUCAAAAGAAUAAUUCAGAUUGGACUCAGAAAAACAAAGACUCCAAAAAAGACAAAUCCGACAAACCUGAUAAAUCAAAGCAGAAUCAAGGCAAAAACAACUCCCAGGGUAAGGACAAUAAUAACAAUUCCAAGGGUAAGAAUAAUAAUAACAAAUCUUGGGGGAAAAACGACGAUCAUGUAGAUAAAGAUCAAGCGAAUCAGUCGAGUGGUUCUGAUACUUCUCAGAACUCUGCACAAGACUCCAAUAGUUCAAGUGCACAAUCGACUAAUGGUCAAUCUAAUAGCAAGACUGCCGAAAGCGAAAAAAUAAUCGCCACAAAAACCCCAGAAAAGGAGCAGUCAGACGACGGGCCAAAAACUAAUGUUAUAAUUGGAGUUGUUGUAGCAAUUUUAUCUGUUGUGUUGGCAAUUAUUGGAUUUGUUGCGAUUCGAUGGAACACACAUCAAAAGAAACUUCGCGCUUUGGAUAUCGAUCUACAGCUCAACCAAGAGAGCGCUUCGUCGCCUGGCCGUGCGCGAAUGUUAUAUCGCGCAGGAAUCAAGUCUGAUAUUAAUCUGACAAGCUAUACCAGUGCAGGCAUGUAUGGUCGAAAUUCACUGGCUGGCUCUCAUCAUUCUGGGGAAGAAGCUGUUGUUUCCAAUGGCGAUCAGCCUGCUAUACACAAGGUAUCCAACCCAUCUUCAGAAGAAUGUGGUGUACUGUCUGAAAACUCGGUCGUACCUCAACCCAUCUAUGCCUAUGCACAUUGUAGACAAAACUCACAAACCGAGUUCACACAUGGACAGUACGAGCCCUCGCUUCAGUUUGGAUACGGUCAGCAAUUUGACUAUUCUCAUCAGUACGAGCAGAGCCAACCGUAUUAUGGAUACUAUGCACCCCCACCUCCACCUGCCACGUCGCAAUUUGGGGUCUCGCUUGCUCCAAUUAUUGAGUAUCCUUCAUAUAUUGCUCCAAACCCACCACCACAUAUUCCGGGAACUCAUGGUGACUAUGCCGUAUACGGCUCUCCGGUUCAUCAAUUCGUUCAUCCGAUACAGACCAGCGACUAUAGUAUUUACACCACGUUACCACAACCUUAUAAUCAGACAACCACUACGACAAAUGUGCAUGCUUUAAAUGGCCUAGUAUUUCAACCCAUGGCGACGUUCAAUGAUGAUAGUGCGAUCAAUCUGGCAGAAGCUACACAUACCAGCUCCAUUACGUCCAACUCAUUUGCCUCGCCAUUGUUGCAUCGGAUUAAUACGAUUACUAGCUAUCAACCAUCGCCUCUUUUCAAUCCUGUCAUUGCUGAGCCAGAAAAGAAUACUUCAAUCUAUGACAAGGAUACACUCCCUAUGCAACCCCGCGACAAAGGUGAUCCAUCGCGACUAUCACCACCGCUGUUUGAUCCCUGUGAUGCCAGUUUGUAUCCCACGCUUGAGCAUGCCAUAACAGCCAUCACUCUAACGUCAAAGGGAGUAAAGCGCGAAUCAACUAAAUCGACUGUAAGAAGUGUGCCAGAUCAAGGACAGGGAUACGAUUUGGACAUGUUGGAUUCAUACUUUUCACCCAAAGAAUCUGGAGGUGAUCAAACAGUGUACAUGCACAAGGAUCAAAUCAAACGACUAAGUGGACUCUCACUCUAA